GAGCAGGCUGAAGACCGUCAGCUAUGAGUGUUUCCACAAUGUCUGGAGGUGUAUUUUAACGGAAUAGGAGCCAAGCGGAAACACCAGUGCAGUGUGAGAGUAAAGAACUGAGCCUUCCCUCCCUGCGCUGUGACGUCAAACCUCACCUGCUCCCCCUGUAUACUGCACAGCUGAAGGCCGAACAAGAUCUGCAUAAGAAAAAGAAGACGACGGGUCCCGACUCCAGCUGGUCCUCAAUGGACCAGUGAAAUCGUUCCCACUCUGCCAGUUAAAAGCGAUGUUUUUGGGAGCUGGAGGCCGUAACACCGUCAGCCGAGUGUGUGUGGGGCCUCUCCUCUCCCUCUUUCCCAGCACUCCUCCUGACAUGGGAUGCCAGCCCCUCACCGUCCUGCCCUGAGCUCGCCUGGGGCGCCAUGAACAGCUACAGAGACAGAGGGGUCACCUGCACCUCCUCGGACCUCCUGGAUGGAGGCGGAGGAGGUUUUCCCCAGCACACUCCAUUUCGUCACACCCCCAAUGGCCACCCAGCUCCUAGCCCAGCAGACCCGGGCAUCCAACCACGCGUCUCCGUGCCCAAAAUGGGUGUUCGUGCACGGAUAGCAGAGUGGCCUCCACGCCGCGCGCAGUCCAGGGAGUCGCUGCUUGAAAAUGGACAGAUUCGCCAUGGAGAUGACUGCUCCACUUCAAUUUCCUCAUCAGUUUUGUCAUCUGACGUCGGGUUGGUGCGGGGAGGAGUCACCAGGUUGCCACGACGACGGUCAAAGGAUGUAGAGUUCAGAGGAGGAGGAUUUAGCAUUGAAAGAAGUUUGCCUUUUAGCUUGCGAGUGUUUCCUCCACUGAGGCAGCGCUCAAACAGCGAGGUGACGCUGAGUGAACAGGACGAAAAUGAGGUGGAGGUUCGAGGAGGUGGUGGGAUGGGGAACCUGUUCAGAGAAUAUGGCAGCACGUCCUCCAUCGACAUCCAGGGCAUUCCUGAGCAGAGUUUCUUCGACAUGCUCAGCCAGUUCCACCAGGAGAGGCCUGACCAGCGCAGCUCAGCGCCUGUACGCCUCGGGGAGCUGCUGCGCUCCCCAGAAUCACCACCAAGUGCACCUCACCCCUCUGCUCCUUCACCUGGUCCUACAGGGGGUGACGACAGAGGGACAGGGAGGAAGGAUGGCGCCGAGAGAGUGAGGAAGAAAAGUGGAGGGACGGAGUCGUCAUUGGGCACCUCCUCUUUGUUCAGGAAACUAAGGAGCUCUAGUCGAGGCGAGCUGGACGGAGGGAAAGGAGACUCUAAUGAGGACGGGGGAGGCCGGGGAUCAGCAGACGCUACCUACAAACCGUGGGUAUGUCCAAAGAGCUUUGUCCACUUCGAUGCUCAGAGCAUCCUAUUUGACCUCCACGAAGCAGCGGCGCAGCGGGGCUACGCCGCCCAGAGGAGGAACACAGCCACGGGGGCAUCAGCUGCGUCAGUGUCCCUGUCCGUCUCUAGAUCCUCUGCAAUAAAUGACCCAGUUUACUCCAGCAUUGAGGAUCUGACCCUUAGCCCCGACCCUGGCUCCAUGACACCCUCCCUGGGCAUGGACCCUCUGGAAGGGCCUCCAGGAGCCCAAAGCUCGAGCCCACUGCUCCUCUGCUGCCCCCACUUCCUCAAUGAGACCGGGGGCUACGGCGAGCGCAACAUCAGCUUCCUCAGCUCAUCAGCAGAGCGAGGGGGAGACGGAGGAGGGGAUGGAGCGAGGGGUUGGCUGAGGAGGAGUAACGCCAGUGUCUCAGUGCUGGAGGUGCCUAUUGAACAGCAGGUUACGAGACUGGACAGACUGAAACUGUACAGCAUCGAGCACGUAGACCUCGGGGCCAAGUACUACAGAGACUACUUCCAUGGGAAAGAGCACUCAAACUACUUUGGGACAGACGAUAAGCUGGGCGCUGUGGCUGUGAGCAUCCGCAGGGAGAAACUAGAAGACACCAAAGACCUGAAAGACCAGUACCAGUACCGCCUCAUCGUCAGAACAAGCGAGCUCGUGACCUUGCGAGGCUCCAUUUUAGAGGAUGCGGUGGCGUCGACGGGGAGGCACGGCACGGUGCGGGGUUUGCCGCUUAAAGAGGUCCUGGAGCAGGUUGUCCCCGAGCUCAACGUCUCCUGUUUGAGACUGGCACUCAACACACCCAAAGUCACUGAGCAGCUCCUCAAACUUGACGAACAGGGGUUGAGUCAGAAGCACAAAGUGGGUGUUCUGCUGUGCCGUGCGGGCCAGAGCACAGAGGAGGAGAUGUACAACAACGAGGAGGCGUCGCCCGCCUUCUCUGCCUUCCUGGAGCUGCUCGGGGAGCAGGUGCUUCUCAAAGGCUUCACCAAAUACGCUGCACAGCUCGACACAAAGACGGACUCUACAGGCACCCACUCCCUGUACACUACCUACCAGGGCUACGAGGUCAUGUUCCACGUGUCCACCAUGCUGCCAUACAUGCCCAACAACCCACAGCAGCUCCUGAGAAAAAGACACAUAGGGAACGACAUUGUCACCAUAAUCUUUCAGGAGCCGGGAGCGUUGCCUUUCACCCCGCAGAAUAUUCGCUCACACUUCCAGCACGUCUUCGUUAUUGUUCGUGUGCACAACCCCUGCUCUGAAGGCACCUGUUACAGUGUUGCUGUGACCAGAAUGAAGGAUGUGCCUCCUUUUGGCCCUCCCAUCCCCAGCGGCGUCACCUUCCGUGACCCAGAAACCUUUCGGAACUUCCUUCUUGCCAAAGUCAUCAAUGCAGAAACUGCAGCGCACAAGUCAGAGAAGUUUCACACCAUGGCGACGCGAACGCGACAGGAGUACCUGCGUGACCUGGCUGAGAACUACGUCAGCAGCACGCCACUCGACUCAGCCGGCAAGCUGAACAACCUUAUCUCCCUGGCGUCUAAAAAACGCGAGCGUUCUAAGGCCAGAGAAGGAGCGGAGUUGGGAGCUGCGGGGGCUGUCGCCUGGAGGGUCCAGGCCCAGGACUUCAGUGGAGGUGGGACGGAGCUCCCCUGUGCCUUGGGUAUGUCGGCUGAGUACAUCCUCCUGACAGACUGCGCCACCAAAGAGGUGGUGUUUAACUGUUUCUGUGCUGACGUGAUUGGCUGGACACCUGAGCGGCUGGCGCUGAAGAUCUUCUACGGCAGAGGGGACCACAUCGCGGUGCGGGUACCAGAGGGCUGCGCACAGGACAUCAGGGAGGUGGUGCUGAGGUUAAAGUCGUUGACAGUGGGAUGUGAGACGGUGGAUAUGACUCUGAGAAGAAACGGACUGGGACAACUGGGCUUCCAUGUUCGCCUGGACGGCACUGUGGCUGAGGUGGAGGAAUACGGCUUUGCCUGGCAGGCAGGACUGAGACAGGGCAGCCGGUUGGUGGAGAUCUGCAAGGUAGCCGCGGUAACACUGACUCACGAGCAGAUGAUCGACCUGCUGAGGACAUCGGUCACGGUCAAAGUGGUCAUCAUUCCUCCAUACGAAGAGGGGGGGCCUCGCAGGGGCUGCACAGAGGAGUAUGAGAUGAAGACCAUGGAGCAGAAGCCAGAACCUGAGCCUCUGGCAGCAGGCUACCGACCAUCACCUCGCCCCAUGUGGCGGUGGGACAGCCCACCCAUUCCUCCAGGGCUCCACAGUGCCCCCAACCCUCAGCGCUGGGCCCCUAUGGGUCCUCCGCCACCUCCACUGCCUCGCUCACACAAGACCCUGAUGCCUGUUCCAUACAGGGAGCCCCAGCACCUCAAGAGGCCAGUGAGCUACCCAGAGAACCACUACAGUCUGUCUCCUGCAGGAGGCGACAGAGUGCUGCCCUACAGAAACCCCUCAGCCAGCUUCUCCUCGCCCUCCUCAGGCCUGGUCAGCCUCUCUGCGAUGGGGCCCCCUGGAAUCACACCAGGCCCCUUCGUACGCUACAAACCCUCCCCUGACAGAUAUGGAGCAGGACAGCGCCCCCUGCUGCCGUACGAGCCCCACCUCAGUGUGGACAUCACCUCCAGCGGAGAGUCUUCCUCAGGCUUUACCAGUCAGGACAGCACAAUGGAGCGCUGCAAAACAGAGCCCCUCUGGCACGUCCCAGCAUCUUCGUCUCGGGGACCAGGUGGUGGAGGGGGACAGAGGAGACUAACCAGACAGGAUGUCCCGGGGAAAGACUCUCCGAACAGACACUCGAAGGGCGAGGCUCAGUACUCGAGCCACUCCAGCAGCAACACUCUGUCCAGUAACGCCUCCAGCAGCCACAGCGACGAGCGCUGGUUCGAUGGAGGAGCUGGAGGAGAGCGGGGAGGCGGGGGUUGCCUCGGAGACCCAGCUGAGCCUGACCCCGACCUCAACAAGGGGGGGUCCAACGACAGCGGCAUUGACGCCUCCACUCACUACAACAACACUCGCCACGGAAACAUGUCCAACAACCACAAGCCCCUGCACUGUUUUGCGACUUACAGCGGCGUCCAGGAGCUGUGUAUUGCAAGGAGCAGUGGUGGCAGUGGCGGCAGUGGAGAAGCGAGGAGACGGGAGUCUUCACCCAUCAUACCAGCUGCAGCCAAUCAGAGCAAAGGGUACAGAACCAGGACGUUCCCGCCUCCUGGCUCCAGUGCUGAUAAAAUGGAUGCUUUCAAACCCAGGGCCUACACGCCGCAGGGUUACAGGACCCCGACAACUGAGAAAGCUCGGCCCGUUCGAGCUGCUACCACAACGCCAACUUCAGCUCAAUUAAGCUCAAUCCCUCUGUCCAGCUCCGCCCCAAAGGCCUUUUAUGGGAAGAGCAGGCAAACUGCUUGGCAGAAUGACGACACCAGCUUGUCACCUUCAAACGCAAACAUGACACCCACCUCCGAGAGCAACAACAACAACAAGCAGGUGGAUACAAACUCAAAGAACGUAUUUGGACAACCUCGGCUCCGGGCCUCUCUGAGGGACCUGCGUUCUCCACGACGAACAUACAAAAGCACCAUCGAAGAUGACCUGAAGAAACUGAUCAUAAUGGACAACCCAGGAGAGACGCCACCAAGAGACCCAUCUCCCAGACGAACCUUGCAGCGCACUUUCUCAGAUGAGUCGCUGUGCAGCGGGCGUAGAGAGGCCAGCUUCGCCAACUCUGAGAACCCGACAACACCCACUGAUGUACUUUUCACCUGCACGCUGCCCACACGCAGACAUGCCAUCUCCUCCAACCACAUGCAGAAGAAGGUGCCUCUGUCUGCCUCCGAGCUGUCUCUCACAGAAGUUAGAGACAAAGUUCCCCCCCUGAGGAGGCUCGAUCCGGGGUUGAUGCCUCUUCCUGACACGGCCUGUGGACUGGAGUGGUCCAGCCUGGUCAACGCUGCUAAGGCCUACGAAGCACAAAGAGCAGUUUCCCUCUUCUCACUGACUGAGCCGCAGUUCGGAGGUCCAGACACGAGACCGGUCAUCAGUCCGGUCCAGUUUCAGACUCCUCAGACACCACGGACCACACCGACCUUCAGCAGCGAUGAGGUUCCCAACGACUUGUCUGGUCGACUCUACCACCUGGAAGUGAUGUUAAAACAGCUGAACACUGACCUGGAGAGAGAGAAGCAGGAUAAAGUCGUCCUGCUGGCAGAGAUGGCCAACCUGAGAGAGAACAACCAGCGCCUGCAGGAGGAGAGCCUGACGGCCAGCGAGCAGCUGCGCAAGUUCAGCAGGCUUUUUAACAACGCCGACAAGACAGAGAGUGACCACGAGGCUCACUCCUUAACACACCAAUCUGACUCAAAGACGGAGUGAUACCUGCAGAAGAAGAAGAAGGUUGAGACCACAGAGGGAGGGCGACUGUGAGAGUACACUUGCACACACAGUGGCGGCAGAGGUCACACUGAUGUCACCUCACUCAGCUUCCACUAGACUGCCUUAAACCGUAGAGAGAGCAAGACAGAAAGAUUUUUAAAAUGCAACACUCCCACAGACAGAGCAGAGACCCUCCUUCUCUAUUCUCUGAGCCUGUUUAUUUUUAUAAACUGAAGUCUUAUAUACCUGUAACAUAUAUAUAAAUACACAUGCUACUAUGCCAGAGGAGCGAGUCGAAGAGGAGACUGUUUCAGAGAACACUACAUCACCUGGAGAGGCCUAAUACUGUUCCUGCAGCGAAUCAGCCAAAAAAAAAAAAACAAGACUCAUUACAGACUGCAUCUCCCAGAAUGCACUAGAAGUAAUGGAAGCUCUACAGACAUGGUACUGUAGAUACAUGCCUGUGGUACAAUUGUAUCAAUAUUACUCAUAUUGUACUGAUAUUGUCGUACUAAAGAGGUGUGUGUGAGUGUGUGUGCGUAACAGAUGGUACAGCGAAUACUCAGAAGCAUUACGGCACAAAAGUGUUUGUGCACAAAAUGCAUUUUAUGACCCUUUGGCGUGAGUGUGUGAUCGAAUGCAACCGUCUGCUACCGGACGUUCUGAGUGAUGAACAAACCAGUUUACUGUAAUAUGAAAACUUUUGGGCCACGACAUAUUUCUUUCCUCCGUUUACAUGGAUGAACCCGCGGCCCUUUAGAUGUGAAACAAGCCAUCAGCGUGUUGAGCGAGUGUAAAUGAUCGAUGUCAUGAAGCUCAGUGAUAUAAAUAGUAUCAUAUUUCUAAUGUAGUGCAUUGUUUUGAACUUAAUUUUCACUGUUUUCAGCAGUGCUGUGUCAUCUCAGAUUUAAAUGUACUGGAUAACUAUUUUAACCUUGAGUCGUUACCACAGUACGUCUUUAAAAUGAUCUCUUUUUCUAGUAUUUAAAGCAGGAGUUUGACACUUUGUAUUGACUUUAGGGCUGAGAGUUUCCGUUAAAUACGUUAAGGCUACAGCCAGCAAAUAGUCAUUAGUUGAGCAUGAAGACUGGUCACACGGGUAAACACACAGCCCAACAAAAUCUGCCCCCCAGCAUCUCUAAAGCUCACUAAUUACUGCCAUCCAAAACAGCUUCACAUUGUGACUGUGUGUUAGUCGUCAUGCAAAAUGUGGUCCUUGUGACGCAUAUUGUAGAGCGAACUACCACAGAAGUGUUUUGUCACGCACCAUUAAGCAACUUUCAUAGGAAUGAACUGGUCUGCCUCCAACCCUGUAUCCAGUUCCCUGUAUACAUCCAUGAUUGGCCUCUCACUUUACGCCCCUUUUAAGUCAUGGAUCGGCAUCGUGGCUAGUGUGCACAAAAUUUCAAACAAGUUAAUAAUUUUGUGUACAAAAGAUUUUUAAAAAUCAACUUUUGGGACUUAAGGGGGCUCUAUACAUCCCUGAAUUUAAUAGUUAUUACUAAACUUGGUAUCCUCAUGGUAUUUAGAUAUAUAUAUUAAAAAAAAACAAGAUUUACCAUGUUAGUUAGUAAGCUUUAGAGGUGCCAGUAAGUGAAUUUUGUUUCCAGCGAACAGAGCCAGGCUGUUUUCCCAUGAAUCCAGUCUUUAUGCUAUGCUAAGCUAAGCUAAGCUAAGCUAAGCAUCUGUCGGCUGCAGCUUCAUAUUUAACAGACAAACAUGAGAGUGGUGAUUGAUCUUCUCUUCUAACUCUUCCCUAGAAAGUUAAUAGUUUUCCAAAAUUGUCAAACUAUUCUUCUAACUGCAUCUUCUUUGCAUACUAAUCAAACUGAAGCUGCCACCAGCUGUAACGUGCGCUUAUAGGAAACAUUUACUGUACAUGAAACUCACUCGACACUGAAGCUCCUUCAUAUCAGAACCAGUCUGUCUGCGUGUAUGAGAGGAUUUGUCCUCGUGUUCUGUGAUAACCCAAAUGAACACAAAAGACACUAUUUAUACUGCUAGCUUGCUUAACGAUAUUGUCUACUAUAUCUAUUUUUCAUACAGAAAUAACGUGUGUUUUUUGGACGCUGGUACUGAACGGACAAUACAUCCCAGCAGAGGACGACUCUUUCUCUUCCUGUGUUAGUUUGCUGAUAAAAUUGUACUAAAUGAUCAUCUCCUGCUCUGCCCUGCAGGACGGCUACUUCUCUCUCAUCAGGAGCUUUCUUCCCUGCUCUGACUGGAACGGUUGAACUUAAAAUCCCAACUCACUCAGGUUCCUCAAGAUGCUGUUAAAGGACACUAAACCAUCAGUUAGGAGUGGGCGAUGUGACGCGUGCAGGUUUCUGUUAUGACACAGUUUUUAACACUGUAGUCAUCCCUUUAAUAUUUCUGGGCCUAUUUGGUCAUUGUUGGCAGCUCAACUAGCAAGAUCGCUUUAUUGGAUUUUUAUGAUUUAAUGCUUUGUUUAAAGGUCCAGUGUGUAGGAUUUUGGGGGUAUAUAUUGG